CAUUAUUGGUGUAAGCAUUCUCAGCGUGUUGUUUUUGUUUUGAAUUUCCCAACCCGACACCACCACCCAUCAUCAUCGCCUCAUCGCAGCAGAAGAGAAAUUCAAUGGUAGAUAUGAAUUUAAAAAACGACAUUAAAAUCAUGCCCCGCUCGAUGGUGGUCGAGGACACCAACAUGCGGGGUGACAUCACGGUUUCGAGUGGGUGUGUGAUCCAUCCCAGUACCACCAUCAUUGCCGAAUCGGGCCCAAUCAUUAUCGGGGAGAAUUGUAUCGUGGAGGAGUACGCUACCAUCAUUCAUCGGAUUCCGAAGGGGCACCCGUCGUACGAGGACGUGUUGGAGGGAACGGUAAAACCGUUGGUCAUAGGACCCGACAACAUCUUCGAGGUGGGCUGUACCGUGGAAGCGCUCAAGAUCGGAGAAAGGAACGUGUUCGAAUGCAAGAGCUACGUUUCGGCCGAGGUGGUGGUAACGAACGGGUGUGUGAUCGGGGCCGGUUGCCGCUUGGUCGGGAAGCAAACGCUGCCGGAGAAAACUAUCGUCUACGGGCAACAGUGUCAGCAGCGGGAAGCGAUCGAGAAGCAACGGUCUCAAAUGGUUCAACUUGAUUAUCUGAGGAAAAUUAUACCGAACUAUCAUCACUUGAAAAAGGCUACUUAUGACCCGAAGAAAGUGCGACCUCAGAUCUAAUUUUUUACUGCUUAUUCAUUCCAAUUCUAUUUCUACUAUGUUGUAUCAUGUAAGCUCUCGUUAGCGUAAUUAAUUCGCAAAUACAAAAAAAUAACGUACCUACAUUA